GCGGCGGCGGCAUCCCGCAGGUGCCCGAGAGCCGCCGGGUCGGGAGCUGGCGCGCGGUCUGGGCGCGGUGACCGUAGCGAGUCUCGUUCCCCUCGCGAUGGGCAGGGACAGGCGGCGCAGCCCCGAGGAGCCCGAGCGCCGGUGAAGGCGGAGCCGCCGGCCGCCCUCCGCUGCCAUGGCCGGCCCCGGCGCGUGGAAGCGCCUCAAAUCCCUGCUGAGGAAAGACGACGCGCCGCUGUUCUUAAAUGACACCAGCGCCUUCGACUUCUCGGACGAGGUGAGCGACGAGGGGCUUUCGCGCUUUAAUAAACUUCGAGUCGUGGUGGCCGACGAUGACUCGGAAGCCCAGGAAAGGCCUGUGAACGGGGCGCACCCGGCGCUCCAGGCCGACGAUGACUCCUUAUUGGACCAGGACUUACCUUUGACCAACAGUCAGCUGAGUUUGAAGAUGGACCCCUGUGACAACUGCAGCAAAAGGCGCGAGCUGCUGAAGCAGAGGAAGGUGAAGACCAGGCUCACCAUUGCUGCCGUCCUGUACUUGCUUUUCAUGGUUGGAGAGCUUGUAGGUGGGUACAUUGCAAAUAGCCUAGCAAUUAUGACAGAUGCACUUCAUAUGCUAACGGACCUCAGUGCCAUCAUACUCACUCUGCUUGCUUUGUGGCUGUCCUCUAAGUCACCAACCAGAAGAUUCACCUUUGGAUUUCAUCGCCUAGAGGUGUUGUCGGCUAUGGUCAGUGUGAUGCUGGUGUAUAUCCUCAUGGGAUUCCUGCUCUAUGAAGCUGUGCAGAGAACCAUCCACAUGAACUAUGAAAUAAACGGUGACAUCAUGCUCAUCACUGCAGCCGUCGGCGUUGCAGUUAAUAUAAUAAUGGGGUUUCUGUUGAACCAGUCUGGUCACCACCAUUCGCACUCUCAUUCCCCCUCCCUGCCGUCAAAUUCCCCAGCCAUGGUGUCUAGUGGACACAGCCAUGGGCAGGACAGCCUGGCAGUGAGAGCUGCAUUUGUACACGCCUUGGGGGAUUUGGUACAGAGUGUUGGUGUGCUUAUAGCUGCUUACAUCAUACGAUUCAAGCCAGAAUACAAGAUUGCCGACCCCAUCUGUACAUACAUAUUUUCAUUACUUGUGGCUUUCACAACAUUUCGAAUCAUAUGGGACACAGUAGUGAUAAUACUGGAAGGUGUGCCAAGCCAUUUGAAUGUAGAUUAUAUCAAAGAGUCACUGAUGAAAAUAGAAGAUGUAUAUUCUGUGGAAGAUCUGAACAUCUGGUCUCUAACUUCGGGAAAAUCCACUGCCAUAGUUCACAUGCAGCUAAUUCCUGGAAGUUCAUCCAAAUGGGAAGAAGUACAGUCCAAAGCUAAGCAUUUGCUACUGAACACAUUCGGCAUGUAUAAAUGCACCAUUCAGCUCCAGAGUUACAGACAAGAAGUGAACAGAACUUGUUCAAACUGUCAGAAUGCCAGUACCUGAUUCUGAUUCUGUGUGCCUGGGGUCGACAGCCUUAUUUAUCCUGCAGUCACAGACUUGAGAGCAAUAAAUGCAAACCUAAUGGAGUCCCAUGUCUAGCACAGUCUCUCAAAGACAGUCUCUUUGAUCUGACUGAUACCUGCAUGACUUUCAGAUGAAGAAGUUCCAAAGUACUGUUUACAGAAUGAGCUGUAACUCUACAGAUACCUCAUAGAAGACAAUCCAAGACCAUACUUCAUUCAUUUGACAGAGUACACAAGAUGUAUGGGAAGACUCAGAAUUCAGUAUUUGCAUCUAAAACUACUUUUUUCAGGCCUUUUAUAUGAAGUCAGUGCUAGCAAACUCAGUGUUGAAUUAUUUGGGAUCUUUGUCUCUGUGUAAUCUUGACAUCCAGUUUCUGGAAUUGUGUUCUCUUUUUAUAAAAAAUUAGCCCUCAACAGAUUUCAGAAAGUAAUAAUAUCCAGAAAAUGGAAUAAGCAUGUAUUCCUAAGUGUUUCAGAACUGUUUUAUUUCACAAAUAACUCUUGUUAUUAUUAAGGUCAUGUGUCAUAAGCAGAUUUUUCCAGAUGUUACUGGGUUUUGAAUCUUAAUGUUUUUGUUUAUUCAUAGUAUUGUCAAAAAUAUUCGCAUAAUGUAGUCAUGGUCCUUAAGUUAUUUAGUACAAUGUUAAUAUAACUAUGAAUGGCAAAGAUUAGAUUUAACCUCAAAUUACUUCACCAUAUGAUGAAAAGCAGGCAGUAGGGUGUGGAGUUUUGGAUUUCUGUCUUCCCUGAAAAUCACUUCUGUGCUUUAUGUAGAAUUGUCUUAAAGACAGUAAGAGACAACAAAGUUUCAACAGUUAUCUGCUGUCCUUUCUAGAACUGCCAACAUUUGUUAGCACCUUGUUCUCAUGUGUAUAC